CACACACACACACACACACACACACACACACACACCACGCGCGCGCACGCGCGCGCGCAAACACUUGCCGGAGACAAACUUAAGGUGAGGGCAAAGAGCUCUAGCUUCACUUGAUCUCCAGGCUCCAACUUCAGCAGGACUUGAAAGCAUCUGAACUCCUGGAUUUCAGAACAAGUGGAGAAGAUUCUUUGGGCUACAAAGAUGAAGAGUCUACUUCUUCUGGUGCUGAUUUCAACCUGCUGGGCUGAUCAUCCUUCAGACAACUAUACUCUAGAUCAUGGCAGAGUUAUUCACAUCCAAGAAAAUGGCCCCCAUCUACUCGUGGAAGCAGAACAAGCCAAGGUGUUCUCCCACAGAGGUGGCAAUGUUACACUGCCAUGUAAAUUUUAUCGAGACCCUACAACGUUUGGCUCAGGAACCCACAAAAUUCGAAUUAAGUGGACCAAGCUCACUUCAGAUUACCUCAAGGAAGUGGACGUUUUUGUUUCCAUGGGAUACCACAAGAAAGCCUAUGGAGGCUACCAGGGUAGAGUGUUUCUGAAGGGAGGCAGUGAUAACGAUGCUUCUUUGGUGAUCACAGACCUCACCCUGGAGGAUUAUGGCAGAUAUAAGUGUGAGGUGAUUGAAGGAUUAGAAGAUGAUACUGCUGUGGUAGCGUUAGAUUUACAAGGUGUGGUAUUUCCUUACUUUCCACGACUAGGGCGCUACAAUCUCAAUUUCCACGAGGCACAGCAGGCUUGCCUGGACCAGGAUGCUGUGAUCGCCUCCUUCGACCAGCUGUAUGAUGCCUGGCGGGGAGGGCUAGAUUGGUGCAAUGCCGGCUGGCUCAGUGAUGGCUCUGUGCAAUACCCCAUCACCAAGCCCAGAGAGCCCUGCGGAGGCCAGAACACGGUGCCUGGUGUCAGGAACUAUGGGUUUUGGGAUAAAGAUAAGAGCAGAUAUGAUGUGUUCUGUUUUACAUCCAACUUCAAUGGCCGUUUUUACUACCUGAUCCACCCCACCAAGCUGACCUAUGAUGAAGCGGUGCAAGCUUGUCUCAAUGAUGGUGCUCAGAUUGCAAAAGUGGGCCAGAUAUUCGCUGCUUGGAAACUGCUGGGUUAUGACCGCUGCGAUGCGGGCUGGUUGGCGGAUGGCAGUGUCCGCUAUCCCAUCUCUAGGCCAAGAAGGCGCUGCAGUCCCACUGAGGCUGCGGUGCGCUUCGUGGGUUUCCCAGAUAAAAAGCAUAAGCUGUAUGGUGUCUACUGCUUCAGAGCAUACAACUGAGCGUGCGCCUUAGAGCACGUCAGGUUUCGAGUCAUUAAGAACAUGUGAAAGGUUUUUUUUUCAAUACGAACUCAUGCAAGUUACCAAAACUGUGAUAACCGUUUUUUACUUACUGUAAAGAGUCAUUUUCAUAAAGAUCAAUUCAUUAAUUUGUUUUUGUAAAGCUAUCAUUCAAUAUAUAUUAUAAAUUAAUAUAAUGUUAAGGGAAGUGCUACAUAAGGAGGCUUUAGAGAGUCAAACUAUUUAGGCUACAUCAUCCCAACGAAGUAUCCUUUCAUGAGCAGGGCAUGCAAUAGUUUGAGGAUUGCUAGGAUUAAAUUAAGGGAAGGAAAGCUACUCAGAGCAGCAGCUUCCACAAGCACAAAUUUUACACAUUUGUACGAUUUUGAAAUGCACUACAAUAAACAAACUAGAGCAACAGAUUUGAAAUACAGGCUUCUUUACAUAAACAGAUUCUGAGAGGCUGCACAAAACUCAGUUUCACAAGGGAAUAAUCUACUCUUUUCUAAAAGUUAAUAUUUCAAGUCACUAAUAGAAUAUUUUACUCUUUAAAAUCCUGCCUUUUUGACCAAAAAAAAAAAAAAAAGAAAGAAAAAUUCAUAUGGACUCCAAUGCAUAAUAACAAGCACAGUUAAAACUCCUUAAUAACCCCAUUUAUAUGAAGUAUGAAACAUAAAUAAGCAGAUAAUAUUUAACCAAUAAGAGACUCUUACCUUCUAAUUAAAAUUACACAUGCUUAAAAAGAAUUGUUUUAUCUUUUGAGUAGCUUUACUGAGUUAUAUUUAAAUUCUAAGGGUCAUUUGCUAAGCAGCAUUUAGCAUCUACUCAGGGCAGUUAUAUAGAUAAACUGCUGGACAGAAAAAUUGUAAAAUUUAGCAGCUUAAUUUUAUGUUAGCCUACAAAAUCUUAUUGUCCUAUAAAAAAAAACUUUAAACUAUUUAAUAUUUCCUUCUUAUUUACAUUACAUUGAAAAAUUUAAAUCAUAAAAAAGAAAUAAACAACUACAUAUUUGCCUAACCAAGAAAUAAGGUCCCAACUUUCAAAAUUCUUUUUAUUUCCUAUUUGUAUAUACACUAGCCCAACUGGUGCCUGUGUUUGGGGGGAAAAGGCAACAAAGUAGUUCUAAACCUUCCUCUAGAUAGAAAAUGUGGUCAAUGUUGUCACUUUCUUUGCUGGUCACCACUAGGCAUAAAUGAAACACUGAAGCUGUCAUCAAAGAGUUUACACUAAAACCUUCAGUAAGUGAAAAGGUGAGUCCAGCUUCAGAAAAACAACUUUCACAUUAGCAGCUCCAAUUUUAAAUAAACCUCUGUAUUCCUGUAUUUUUAUGACUCUUGAGACCCCACAGGGACCAAUAUUUGUAUUCAAAUUACAUUUCAUGGUUUCCCAUUGUUUCACAAUAAGGUCUAAUAAAUGGGAUUUAGUAUAAUAAUCCAAGUAUGACAUAGCUGGUUUGCUUUCAUGAAUGUUUUUAUGUAGAUUUUCCUCCCAUGAACAUGAGUAAAUAAAUCUGUUUCCUGAAUUGAUUGUGGUUGCAUUUAAAGCUCUGUAAUAAUCCUAAUAAAUUUACUUUCUAAAUGUAGAGUUACAUGUGUGGAAGGUAUAGAACAAUUGGAAGUUGAUGAAACCAUAACUAUAUUCAUACAUUACCUAGACAAAAUAUUGUAAAUAAAAAUAGAUUGCUUCUUUUAUCAAAAGCAUACCUGGAAAUUUUUAGAUGCUUUAAUAUUAAAAGAUGACAAUGUAUGCAUGCACAUUUUUACAUUAGGCUAGAUAUGCAAAUUGUACAAAAAUAUAAAUCCAAAGAGAUUGUGAGAUUUAACUCAAACACUGCUGAUACAAAUAGAACUCGAACUUUUAAAUUAAAAAUACCUGAAUGGUCUAGAGUAAGAUGAAUAUAUUAUUUAAAGAGGGGACUAUCUCCAAAAGAGUGACUCUAAUGCCUCAAAUAUGGGGGUUAGCUCAUUGGAGGAAGCCCAUACUUGAACAAUUAUUACCCACGUUACAAAAAUUGUAUUGGAAAUGCAAGUGGAAACAAAUUUCUUUUGAAGCAGAUGUAUAAUUUUCAGUUAUUGCUACAGAACUCUACCUUUAUAACGUUAAGUAUAGUAGCAUUUCUUAACUUUUGAAUACUUACUAGUAUAGCAAUUGGUGCUGAUCAAAAACUCUGGACUGACUGUUAGCUGAUUAAAAUCUAUACUAAUUGCACACCAUUUUUCCAUGCUUGUAAAAAAAAAAAAACUAAAAAAAAAAAAAAAGAAUACUGCCAGGCAGAAUUUUUAUCUUCUGACUUCCCCUAAAGGAUGAUAAUCCCGUUACCCCUUUGGACUUCUACUUGAAUAAGUUUUUGUUUUUUUUUAAUUUUAUCAUUUUGCCAUUUUUCCACCAAAUGUCUAUUUUCUUCCUUCAUUCCCCAAGAUAUCUCACUGAGGAUGUCAGAAAAUAAAAGUUUUCUAACAGAGUGUCAGCACAAUACAGGCUAAUUCAGAAAUUGUUCCUCAGACUUGGGGCUCAAGAGUAUCAGAGGGGUAAGAUGGGAGUCUGGGUUAAGAAAUCUUAUUUUGAUUAUUUUGUCCAUAAUUAAUUAACACUUGUGGCACAUAUAAGGAACAAAUAUUAUCUGCAAGUUUCACCAAGACACUUACAUUUGAAAACCCAAUCAAUAAGAAGAAAUAAUUCAUAUAAAAAGAAUAGGAAUGGAAACAAAUUUAUCACAUUAACACUGGACACCAUCUUUUAAUGACUGCUGCCAUAUUUUAUCACAGUAAUUUUUAGUCAAAUAUGGUAUUUGUAAAUUUAAACUUUCUCUCAUAGAAAGGGGGCCGGUACCUGUUAAAGUUUUAUUUUAUGCAAUAAUAUAGUUGCUCAUUAUUAUGGCAAUUAGAAGUAGAAUCAAAGGAGAUUCCAAUUUGGUUGCUGGCAGCCAUACUAGGUUUCUUGAUUUCAGUGCUCCAAAGAAUAUGGUGGUCUCAUGGUGUAGCUGACCACUAAGAAUGGGAGGGUUAAAAAGGAAUUGCUAUCAGUUUUUAGCAUAGAAUGCAUCAAGAAUGAUCAAUGGAUAACUGACAGUUUUGUUGAGAAGUUAACUGUAUCAUAGCUCACUACUGCCAGAGCAGCAAUGAUGUACAACAAAAGAAAUAAAACAUACAAAAAGUCACUAAGCCACGUGAUUAUAAGAAAAUCAGUAUUUAAAUGCAUUUAAUACCUAUUGAGUACAAAUCUGAGAAAAAGAACCAAUCUGUAUUACAAGAAAAACAAACAAAAAAUGUUUUCAUUUUCUGUAAGACACAAUGAACUGGUAAACAUUAAAAGUCAAUUUUGUGUUACUGCAGUAUCUUUUGAUU